AUGGAGCUCCUAGAGGAAGAUCUCACCUGUCCCAUUUGCUGUAGCCUGUUUGAUGAUCCUCGUGUUCUGCCCUGUUCACACAAUUUCUGCAGAAAGUGUCUGGAAGGAAUUCUUGAGGGAAACGUGCGGAAUGUGCUUUGGAGGCCGUCCCCUUUCAAGUGCCCCACGUGCAGGAAGGAAGCUCCUGUUACUGGAGUCAACAGCUUGCAGGUCAACUAUUCCCUGAAAGGUAUCGUGGAGAAGUAUAACAAAAUCAAAGUAACUCCAAAAAUGCCUGUGUGUAAAGUGCACAGCGGGCAACCCCUUAACAUCUUUUGCCGGACAGACAUGCAGCUGAUCUGUGGGGUUUGUGCCACCCGCGGUGACCAUACAAAGCACGUUUUCUGUUCUAUUGAAGAAGCUUAUUCCCAGGAGAAGCGGGCUUUUGAAACCCUGUUUCAGGGCUUUGAAACUUGGCGUUGUGGAGAUGCCCUCUCACGGCUGGAUACCUUAGAAACCAGUAAGAGGAAAGCUCUGCAGAUGCUGACCAAAGAUUCUGACAAAGUGAAGGAGUUCUUUGAGAAGCUGCAGCACACGCUGGAGCAGAAACGAAAUGAGAUUCUCUCUGACUUUGAGACCAUGAAGCUUGCGGUGAUGCAGGCCUACGAUCCAGAAAUCAAUAAGCUGAACACAAUUCUGCAAGAGCAACGGAUGGCUUUUAACAUUGCAGAGGCCUUCAAAGAGGUGUCUGAACCCAUUAUAUUUCUGCAACAGAUGCAGGAGUUCAGGGAAAAAAUCAAGGUGCUCAAAGAAACCCCUUUACCUUGUUCCAGUGUGGACAUCAGCCCUACAAUGAAGAGCUUUGAUACCAGCCAGUGGAAUGGAAUAAAACUAGUUGAUGUGGACAAACUUUCCUUGCCUCAGGAAAACAACACUCUUAAAUUCAAGAUUCCCUCAAUCUUUUCGCGCAGAUUUAUAGUGAAUUCUCUUAUUUGCUUGCUUAUUCUUGGUCUCACCAGAAUGUCCUUCGUGGAGUCAGUCGUUGACAAUCUCCAGUGCUGGAAAUCUCAGUUCUUUACAAUUAGCUUGUCCUAUCUGGCAGAUACAGUGGAGAUAGCAGAUCACGCAGUCUUUUACUGGGAACAGAUGACAGAUGGAGCUUCACUUCUAAGAGAAAAGUGUAAAAACUAUACAUUGGUUGUACUGGAUAAUGUUGCACAGUUUGUGUGCAAGUAUAAACUGUUGUGA